GGGCUCUUAUUUCCACCAAAACAUUCCCGGUAGCUGCAGUUGUUGCUGGUUUCUGAAUGAUGAAGUGUUAGCAAGGUAAAGGCCGCCUCGACGAUUAUAAACUUUGUUAAGAAGUCAGCUCAUAAAACUGAGGGGGAAGUUGCAAUGAGAGAAGUUGUUUUGCGGUCUCUUUUGAGAAUUCGAGUUCCAUUUCUCAUCUACAGUCGAUAAGUGUGAGCGGGUUUCCUCUCUUGCUAGUGUGGUGGACGUUUGUUUUGGUUCAGAUUGAGCUGCUGGUAGAAGACGUUUGUAAAGUUUCAUCUCCAAAAUAAGAGUCCUCCUCUGCCGCCGCUGCAGAUGCCUCGUUUGGAAAAGUCAGAUGGCAAAAGGACAAAAAGGUGAGUACAUUCUGCACUGUCAAGAAAACUAAUGCAGAUAAGUGGGAGCAAGGUUCUCUCUUUCUUCUGUACAUCAUGAACACAGUAGUUUCUCUUAAUUCAUUUAUUGUACUCAUUUCUUAGUUGCAUCCCAGUUGUCGUCUUAACUAAAUAAGUCAAAUGAAAUUAUGAGGUCACUUAUGUUGGAAAUUUGUUUGAAAAUCCUUUUGGAAAAGGGAAAAGAUUGUUUUAUUGGAUCUGCUUGAAAGGUUCCACAGAGGUCCAUUUACAUAUCACAAUUAAGUCAAGCAAGGUCUAAAACUUUUACAUGUUACAUGUAUGCGAACACAGUUUCAAUCUUAUUUCAAACCUGUUAAAGUUUUUCCUUUCGUUUCUCUGCAAAUAAAGUUUUAAACUGUAUGUAAACACGGAUGUUUUGGGGUGAGUGGCUGGAUACUAAAAACAUUUGUUUAUUAUUCAAAAUUAUGAAGCUUAAUACUAGAGAUAGACUGAUUAAUUUGGCUGAUGAGGGGCAUUUUUAACUAGUCAGCAUCAUAUUGGCAUUAGCCCUCACAAAACUGAUGUUACAAAGAUCUUUUCCUAAUGAAAACACAAUUUCAUAAUUCCCUGCAUCUCAGAUCUUAAACAUUCAGUGUAAAGUUCAGUAUCCUGUCUGAUACAAACAUCCACCGUGGUCUGAAUUCUUGAGCCUCACACAAUGUAUUUGUCUUUUUCAUUAAUUCAUUUGAAUUCAUCUAAAACAUGGUACUGCCUAAGAUAUCCAUGAGAAUUAGAUUUCACUGUGCAUAGAAUAAUGGAUUUGUACAUUUUUCUUUUUAAAUUGUUUCAACCCCAGUAUUUUUCGAGAUUUUUUUCCUGUUUUGAUAAAUCCAGACAGCUGGCCUGAAACCCACGAGUCACUUAAAGCAAUAUUUUACAUUGUCUUUUUUUUUUGUCAACAUUUAUUUUGAGAAAUGUUCACUUCAAGAGAGGGUAUUACACAUAUUUUUUGGCUUUAUGUUAUCCCUCUGAUAUCUUUUUAGCAGCUUUACAUGAUUUGCAGUUCAACAAGUUCUGAACAUGUCGAUUCAUAACUGUCCUUGAAAAAACUCUCAUUUCAGCUUUUGUCUGAGACACUAAGUCACUGUCCCUUUUAGCGUGAAUAUCUUUCCCUAUUUAGAGUGUUAUCUUAAAAGGCAUUCCUUUAUAUUUUGUCUAACACAUUAACAAUCAUGAGAGGGGUAAAAUAUUAGGAACACAUUUUUAUGUUAUGCACUCCAGUACUUUGUACAUUGUUCCCGCUCUUUUUAGGAUACAUGCAUUAAUUCAGCUAAGUGUGUGACACUGUUUUUUACAUAAUGUAUUCCAUUGUUUUUUAAAUAUUACCUUUCCUAUCUGAUUUGUCCAUUUGUUAUUUUCACAUGUCCCCGUACACAUAUACAUAUACAGUACAUGUAUUUUUUGCUGUGCUAAUUAUUAAUCUUCUUUUCCAUAGACCAAAGUUAGACUGGAAGUUUAUUCAGAGGUUUUGCAGCAUCCAGAAGGUCCUGUUCCCAUCAUGGACCAGCCAAAGUGUUUUGAUGUUUGGGACACUGUUUGUUGUCACUCUGGCAGGUAAGUACUAUUAUUGCUGUUAAAGCUGUAUAUAUAAGAAGGGAAGUAUUGCAGACUAGAAAGGGGAAAUAACUUUUAGUGGUCUGAUGCCUUUGUAUGAUAAGUAAACAUAAUCCUGUCUCUCAUGAAGCCUCAUCAUAAGAAACAUUCACUGACAGUACAUUUUGUGGUGUUAUGAAACAACCCUUUAGAUUGCUCAAGGCUGCCUACUAUGUUGUUUUUUUUUACCUGCUAACCUUUAGUAUUACUUGUUGCCUAAUUUUCCAGUGUUGCUUUUAUGAGUCCUUGUUUGAGCUCUUUCCCAACAAUGUGCUAACACGUCUUUUUUCCCUGCCAACAGAGCAGCUGAUCAUUUACCAAGUGGGUGUCCUCCCCAGCUUCUUCUACAAAGUGCUGGGAGACAAAGAUUACUCAGGCUUCAGGAAUCUAGUGGGCACAGCUAUGGUUCUCAUUUUGGUCAACUCUACAGUAAGUUGAAGGAGCUGUACAGGACAACAGGCAAUUGUUGCAUUCGAAAAUUACAAAAAAUGAAAGCACCCAUUAAAUAACCACCCUAGUUCAGCCCUAGUUCCUAUUUGGGGUCAUUAUAUCAGCUUGCUGGACAUGAAAUUUGUCCUAUUGACUUGUUCAGCUCUGCUGCUGAUCAUCUCACCAGUACUUUCACUUUAAGAUUAAUACUUCUAGAUUCUCCACUCAUAGCAGCUUUUAUUUGAUCCAAGUGACUUUUAACCAUUGAGUAAAGUAAGUUUGAAACACAUAAUAAUCUUUAAGAAAUUUUUGGAGUUCUAGGCAUUGAAGUUUGUUGUUUAUCAUGCCACCUUCUUGAAAAACAUAAUUCUACUUCAAUUUUUUUUUUUUUUACUUUUUCUGUCUUUUAGUUUUGUUCGUUACUCCUAAUAUAAUGAGUAAAGCAAAUUAAUGCAAUUAUCAGAAAAUAGACCUUUUAUUGGGCAGAGCCUUCCCAUAAUAGCAGACUCCAAACCAGUUUAGGCAAAUGGUGUAAUGAUUGAACGGUAGAUCAUUUUAAUUUCAUUAUAUAUGUAUAUAUAUAUAUAUAUAUAUAUAUAUAUAUAUAUAUUUUUUUUUUUUCUGGUACCAAAUGUUGGUGUGACCUCGAGUUUGAUACAACAUCAGGUAUAUUGUUCCUUAUAGUUUAUAGCACAACACUGAUUGAUAAACUCUAGUAACUUUACAAGGUCAGGACAGCCUGACCUACUCAUUUACAGCCUGCACACACUUAACCUGAAACUUGGAUAUUGAACCUGAAAACCUCUUGACUCUGAGUCUUGAUUCUGUACAUGUAGUAAAGAUCACCAGAUUUCCUUCUUCAGCAGAGAAAUCCUCUAUCAUUUGUUAUAGUUAGUCUCAUAGAAAUUGUGUUCUGAGUCUGUUGUCCCCCCCUCGUUUAUAUUUCAUUGCUGACAGACAUUUGUUUCUUUCCUUUUUUCCUCUCUCAGUUGAAAAGUCUGGACCAGUACAUUUGUAAUCAGAUGUAUCUCAGCUGGAGGAAGACGUUAACUGAGAGCCUACACAAAGCCUACUUUCAGGGCCGAGUCUAUUAUACACUUAAUGUACUCCAAGAGGAUGUAGAUAACCCGUAAGCUUUUACUAUUUCAUAAGAAGUCUUUCCUGAUUAUUUUGGUGUAAAUGCAAUUCAAUAAUCUGAACGGGUUUGCAAUUGUUGUUUUUUCCUGUGUUUCUAUUUAACUUACAGAGACCAGAGGAUCAGUCAGGAUACAGAAAGGUUGUGUAAGCAGAUGAGCACCAUGGCCAGUCGUUUGAUUGUGUCGCCUUUCACACUGACUUACUACACCUACCACUGCUUUUAUAGGUGAGCUCGAACACUACAUUGGAAACAGGUGAUUCACUGUGAUAGGACACUUUUUUACCAUAUGAAGUUUAAGAGUCACCCGACCCAAACUUGCUUCAGAGAGGCUUAAUGUGCAUCAUUAAAACUAUGAAAAAGGCUGUUGAACAUUCCUAGAUUUUUAUGCAUCAGUUUUAAGUGAUCUAUUCAUGUCAUUGUCAAAAAUCCCCUCCAUCAAGUAACUUAUCGUAUUUUUUGCACUAUAAGGCGCACCAUCAAUGAACGCGUCUAUUUGCGUCUAUUUUCAUACAUAAGGCACACCGGAUUAUAAAGCGCAAAAAAGUAUAAACCAAAAGUAUAAACCAAACAAAACAGUCAGUUAAGUCAAUCAAUCAAUCAAUCAAUCAACUUUAUUUCUAUAGCACAUUUAAAAGAACCACGGGGGUAGCCAAAGUGCUGUACAUUGUGACAAAAAAAAUAAAUAAAUAAAACAAGCAAAGAACAAGAUAGAGUGAGCAAAAAUACAUAAACGCAAUAAAUAAAUAAAUAUAUAAGCAGGCUCACGGUAAGUCAAACUUUAUUUAACUCAUUCAAUAACUCCACGAGGCUAUGGUAGCUGCAGUGCUCCGACAAGCCAAAAGGAUUUUAAGUGCGCCUUAUAGUGCGAUAAAUACGGUAACUAUAUUUCUACCUUGGCGCACAGGCUUUGCUCAUGCAAACCAACCCCUGGCCGCAACCGCUUGUUGCAUGCCAUUCCCCACCCUCAACCUCCCACUCCUCACGUUUCAUACCAAAAUUACCUUUAGCUUUGUUCAUGCCUUCGAUACUAGAAGACAGCUUGAAGUGAUUGGCAUAGAAAAACUGGGAGAAAUGAAGAAGAAAUACUGAAAACACGAGAUAACAUUAAAUCACUCUAAGAAUAUGAUGUAAGAAACUAAAAAUGCAGACAAGUCUUGUGUCUUAAAUUGUAAGAUUUGAAAGAAAGCCUUUUAUUUCCUUCAGAAAUGGUUGAAAAAAACUUGGCAUGUCAACUCAAGACAAGUUGUCCCAUAUUUUAUGGGUAUCAAAGGAUUUCUGUUACUUAGUCUUACUUUUAUUUUGCUCAUUGAUUUUGUUUGCACUUGGAGUUGCCUUUGUUGUUUCAAUUGCAGUCUCUAAAUCAAUUUGUCUUGCUUUGCAGCACCGGCUGGAUUGGUCCUGUCUGCAUCUUUGGCUAUUUUGUGGUCGGGACUGUCGCCAAUAAAAUCCUCAUGGGGCCGAUUGUGUCAACUCUCUUUGAACAAGAAAAACUGGAGGGAGAUUUCAGGUAAUUAAGGCUACUAAAAAUAUCUGGUCAUAGAUAAACAAAGGAUUGAAUGUCCUGUCUUUUCCUCUGAACUUCAUUAGAGGGGUUGGGUGUUUCUGCAGCUUUGUUUGAUGCAAAUUCUUUCAGUGUUUGUUGUCAAGGAAAUCACUCUUUCUGUUAAGAGGAAGUUUCUGCAGAUUUAAGCCCAGAGCCCUUUUCUUGUCAGGAAAUACCAAAGGAUAUGUGUCAGCUAUAAAAGAGGAAUUGUAAUGCAAUCCAACGGUCACAAGUUUGACUAAUGCAGCUUUGUAAAGAUUGAAUAAUGGUUGAAAAAAUGUUGUAUUCAGUAACAACUUUGAUGCUUUAAAGCAUAAAAGAAAAUCAGGAUUUUUUUUUUGUGUAUCCAGGUUCAAGCACAUGCAGAUCCGUGUCAAUGCAGAGUCUGCAGCUUUUUACAGGUGAGGCAUACACAUGCAGUAACAGUCAAGUAUUUUUGUCUGUUUUUCUGUUUCUUUUGCCCGUUUAAUGCUUGAUGCCAUACAGGUGGAAUAAAAACAAACAUAUCCAGGAAUUUCAAACAUUAAUGACUGAACACCUCAAACAAAAAGUGUACCAGGUGUAGCUUUUCUGUGGUUUAAAGUACCUCACAUCAUCUGACACUUCCUUGUUCAUCCUAAUACACCAAACCACACCUCCCACUGUGUCUUUAGAGCAGGUAAAGUGGAGCACAUGAGGACUAACCACAGACUGCAAGCCUUGCUGCAAACACAAAAAAGUCUGAUCAACAAAGAACUCUGGCUUUACAGUAAGAUUAUCCUCCACAGAAACACCUAUUCAAACAUAUAAUUGAGAUUUUUAUCAGACUUACAGUGUGAACCUUUACUCUCUUUUAGUUGGGGUGAACACCUUUGACUACCUCGGAGGUUUUCUCAGUUACAUAAUCAUCGCCAUUCCCAUCUUUACUGGAAUCUAUGAUGGCCUCACUCCUGGAGAGCUCAGUGCUCUAGUCAGUAAGGUAUGUCACUUUUCUUAACUCCAUGUUAGUACGUUCUUUCUAUCCUGUAAGGUGAUGCAUGAGUAUUGCUUAGUCCUAAUUUUCUUAGUCAGUGAAUCUGUUUAAGAAAGACAGAUGUGCACAGUAUUAAAAAGCAUAAAAUAGUUAACAAACAGCACCUUUUGUAUCCUUAGGAGUAAAACAAAUUCAGGUUUACAUGUUGAAUCUUGAAGACUUGUCAUGUGAAUUUGUCUGCAAUUUGACCACUAGGUGGCAGCAGAUACCUUCCGUCAGUAAAACCCACUGCGUUAAGUGACUUCAAACAUCCAAGUGUGAAUGAAAAGGACCAACUCUUUUCUGUGAUGAAUUCUUUAUAAUGAUAUUUAGAUUGUUGUUGUUUUUAAGAUAAGACAAGAUAUUUCUUUAUUGGUCUCACAAGGGGAAAUUCCCCUUUCUUGUUUCUUUAAGUGUCUUUAUUGUGAUACUUCUGUCUCUUACAACCUUUUUUUUGCACAGUUUCAAAAAAGUAUACAAAGAAACAAAAAUAACAAAUUAUAAGUAGUGCAGAGAGAGGAAGAAAACCCAAAAGGCUUAUUUGAUGCCUCCACAUAAAGAAACAUUUAAACAAUUUAAAAUUUACUUAACAUAUGGACAUAUGAGAAAAUAACACUUCCCCUAUGUUUCCCCCUCUCCUUAUUCUUAUAAAGAAUGCUUUUGUCUGCAUCUACUUGAUAAAUGGCUUCACACAGCUAAUCGACCUGUCAACCACUCUGUCAGAUGUGGCUGGAUACACUCACAGGUAUCGCUCCGCACAGUUACACCCACUUUCUGGAGGACAGAUGUUGACAGCGGCUGAAUUUGGCUGAAUCUUUGUAUGUUUGUUUGGCUGUGUCGUGGACAGAAUUGGGGAGCUCAGGGAGGUGAUGGAUGACAUCCUACGCAAGCAGUGUGACUAUGACCCAGCAUCAGGAGAAAGUUAUGACUUUGACAGGUUUGUGUGAACACUUUUCAUUCAUGUCUGCAGCAGAAAAAGUAUCAAGCAUGGCUAAAAUUUGAUUCUUUUGAGUAAAGAGAUGAAAAGGGUCAAAAUAAAGUGGGCAAAAAAUUUUCAUUUUCUUUAAUUUCGCUACACAGUGACUUCAACAUCCACGCAGGCCCCGUGGACACGGCCUUCAUCCUGGACCACCUGUCAUAUAAAUCUCCUUACUCAGAUCAGCUGCUGGUGGAGGAUCUGAGUCUGAAAAUCAGCCAGGGAACACAUUUGCUAGUGGUGGGGAACACAGGCACUGGAAAGACAUCCCUGCUAAGGGUCCUCAAUCGACUCUGGGAGGCACACAGCGGUGAGAAAGUAGCAAGACUCACAUAUAAACCUUGAUGAUUCAGUUGUAGUUUCAAGAUAAAGAAGAAUAAGUAGCUUUAAUGAAAAUAAAUUAGAGGCUCUUUAUGUUGUGGGAUCUCCCUUUUUCUCUUUGUUUUGAAAUUUUAUAGGUCUUCUUCAAACAAAAACACCACAAAAACAUGUUCUGAAACAGCCUAUGAAUUUGACAUAUGGGAAUUUUGGCUAAAGACUUUGAAAAACAAUACAGCACCUGAGUUGGGUUAGCUAGUAGUGAAGUCUUUACAUAGUCUAAAUUGUUUAUAUGCUGAUCUUCUUUACAUAAAAUCUGAUUGGACAUGGUUUAAUUGUAUUUUCUUUUUUAAAUAAAAAAAAAGAUAAGUACAUAUAACUCAUCGAAAGGUUGUAAGAAGAUCAACUUUAUAAUAUCUGCUUCUUCAUUCUGCAUUAUCAGGUUUUGUUCAGAUGACCACGUGUUUUGGGCCCAGAGGAACCCUCUUCCUGCCUCAGAAACCUUAUCUGACUGACGGCACACUGCGGGAACAGGUUGCUGUCUCUUCUUCUUUGUAGUUUGCUCUUCUCACAGAGUAUAUAAAUGUGUAAAGAUACAAGUCCUUUUUAAGUCUUAAACAUGAAUAAACAUCUGUUAUUUCUCUCCAACAGGUCAUCUACCCUUUGAAAGACAUUUACCCUGCAUCAGGUAUCAUGUUGUACUAAAUUACACAGCAUGAGACAAAGGCCAUUGGCUUAAACUCUUACAAUGAAAUGUUUUUGUUCUGUAAAUAAAAUCGACAAUCAAUUUAAUAUAAAACUACUAACAAGUAAAAAUACUGCAUGUUGUUUUGACAUUCAGUUUUAAAAUGUUAAAUUAGAGAUAAAACUUUUUUCACGUAUUUUUAUAUCAUUGAUUUAGCAGCCUUGUGUAGUAAGCAGAUGGUUCUGGAUGUUUAUCGUUUAUUUUCUGUUUUGUUAGGAGCUGAAUUCUACGAAAGAGGAUUAGGGCCACAUGAAGAGAAAAAAAAAUAAGUCGAAAAUUUUAGAUUAAAGUUAAAAUUUCGAGAUUAAAACAGACAAAAUUAUGUAAAUAAAGUCGAAAUUUCGAGAUCACAAAAUGUUGUGAAUAAUGUUGAGAUUUAGACAUUUAAAAACUUAAAAUUUGAAAUUAAAGAUGAAAUUUCAAGAUCACAAAAUAUCGUGAAUAAUGUCGAAUGUUGGACAUUAAAAAAGAAAAUUUUUAAAUGAAGUUCGAAAUUUUGACUUUAAUCUUGAAAUGGAAAUUAAAAAUCUCCCUCCUGUAAUAACUUUUUCGUCUUCUUGUGGCCCUAAUCCUCUUUCGUACAGACACAACUGAAGUGAGUGACUGUAGAAUUUCUUUUUCCAGGUUCGGUGGACGAUGACAGAAUCAUACAGUUCCUUGAACUAGCUGGUGUGGUGAGUGACUGUACAAUGCAUCUCUUCACAUUAUUCCCUUUUUGUCUCUUUAAUCAUUUACCCACUUUAUUUGAAUGCUGAAUUUAAAUCUGAUCUGUUUGAUGUUGGAAAAACCUUCUGUGCUCCAGUCUAGCCUCUUGAAGCGCACUGGCGGUCUGGAUGAAAAGGUGGAGUGGAACUGGUAAGAUUGGUGUGAAAUAUUAAAAUCUAUUUGAACAGGAAAAUAUGCGUUUUUUUUUUUUUUAACAAGGAUUUAGACACUGAGCUUGUCUCCACAGGUAUGACGUUCUGUCCCCAGGUGAAAUGCAGCGUCUCUGUUUUGCACGACUUUUCUAUCUGCAGCCCAAGUAUGCAGGUGUGUUGCUCUUAAACAGUUGGAGAGUUGAACCUUUCCAUCUUAUUCUCAGAGCUUAUCCAGACUGAGCUUUUUUUUAGUUUGUGGUUAUAACAUCCUGAUUAUUUUUCACGCAGUUUUGGAUGAGGCCACCAGUGCUCUGACAGAAGAGGCCGAGGCACAGCUCUACCGAAUCUGUAAACAGCUGGGCAUGACUUUGAUCAGUCUGGGACACCGUAGUAGCCUGGAGAAGGUACACUGAACACACAAGUAUCAAUCAGCUUGAAAUCAAAAAGAUGAUUUACUCUAAUGCUGGGCAUUUUGUUAUAAGAAAAAAAUAAUUUGAAGUAAAUAUAUGAAGAAAUAUUUAAAGGGAUAUUCUAGUGUAAAACUAAGUUAGGGUCAAACACACCGUAACACCGAGUUAGACACCCCCUUGAGGGAUGAAUGUUGCCGACUGCUUGCUUCUUUAGUUAUAGCGACUUUAGUAACGACCGCAUGACAGCAAUACAUAGCAGUCUAGGGAGCCGAGCACAAACAUCAAACAUCUUUUUAGCUUUGCCUGAUUUCUUUAGCAAAGUGUCCAAACACAAUUCACCCACUCUCUUUCAGCAGCCGUAUGUGGGGGGAGCCCUGAAGAGUCAAUCACCGAGUGCAGUGGAUGAUUUCCUUGAAGUAAUAAUCAUCAUAAUAAUCAUUUUGCACUGCAGAUGCGGUAGUUCUUCCACCUUAGCGUCACGGUCUGAUUGCAUUUCCAUGAAGUAAUAAACAUGAAUGUUCUUCCUUGAGCUGCGAAAUUCUGUUGUACUUGGUGACUGACUUGUCAGGGCUCCCCCCACAAACAAGCGGCUGCUGGAGAAGAGUGGGUGAGUUGUGUUUGGUCUCUUUGCUAAAGAAACCAGGCAAAGCUAAAAAGAUGUUUGAUGGAUAGUAUCAUGAGUGGGACCCUGUAUGUACUGUUGAUGAAGUUAGGUGCUGUUCUGAACAUUAUUUGUGGCUAUAGAGUGGCUUUUUGGUUGAGGUUUGCACAUGGAGACAUAGACAGCUGUGUAUUGCUUUCGUGCAGUCGUUAAUAAAGUUGGUAUAACUAAAGAAGGAAGCGGUCGGCAACAUUCAUCUCUCGAGGGGGUGUCUAACUCGGGGUUACAGUGUGUUUGACCAUAACUUAAUUUUAUGCUGGAAUAUCUCUUUAAGCAGUAAAGUUUUUAUCCAAAUAACUAUUAAAGAGGGUUAUGAGAAACACUUGUUGACUGAAGUAUUUCUGUAAAUAUUUCUGUUUCUUACAGUAUCAUGAUGUCCAGUUGAAGCUAUGCGGAGGAGGCCAGUGGGAAUUAACCAAGUUAAAGGAAAGUGGUGGGAACCUACAAGAAGCAGAUACGUGACAGCAGAGACAUUUUCAAAUCCUGACACGCAGGUCGUUCAAACACUCCUGUGUCCCUCCAUUACUAAUAAACUUGUUGCAAAGGUAUUUCAUAUUACAGUUACUGCAGUGGAGCUGGUCAGUUGUACACAUGUUUGGUUUGUCUUUGCAACGGUACAAAUUUUAGCACCAGUUGUGUUAAAAAGUGUGCUGCAGUGACACAUGAUCACAAAGAAGGUAACAGUGUCAAGGACAAGGAGUAAAAUAUUCACGCCACAAAGACUUCCAAAUCAGUGGUUUAGUUUACUUCAUUAUUAUCACAGUAUGUUUACUUUUUUUUACAAUGACUCAUACAAAGCAAAGCACCCUCAGAGUUAUCCGUCUGUAACUGCAAAAAUAACAUGAUUUUGCUACUAAUGUUGAUACUCACUACAGUGGACAUACGAGUUCUAAUUUAGAAAUACAGUCAAACAACAAAACUUCAUUGUGCAAAGUAAAUCUGUGAAUUAUGCACACUAUUAAAAAGUUAAUUUCAUAUAAAAUAUAUGUAAAAUAUGAUUUAAAAAAACAAUUUGUCAAUGAAGUGUUUUUUUAUCUUUUCAUUAAACGGCUGGAGUCUAUUAACAUUAAUUCAGUGAAAUGUGUAAGUACCACAGGUGUCUUAGAUAAGACAAGAGCAUUUUCAGGAAACACAUCUUCAUGGUUGCUCGUCACCACAGAGCUCAAGGUGACCCUGGAUGAUCUCUUGAACUGCUGCAGGAUCAUCCAGCGUGCUGAGGUCACCCAGCCCGUUCAAGUCCCGUUCUACCACUUUCCGCAGCACUCUGCGCAUUAUCUUACCUGAGCGCGUC